GGCUUGUGAUCCAGGAGGAAGGAGGUGUUCAUUUUGGACCAGCCAGCGUGCCAUUUCCGCAUCUUAGCACAAAUAAGUUAAAGAAGAGGAAGUGGGAGACAGUCAAACCAGGCGCUGCAGCUGCUGUUUUCUGUUUCUGACGUGUCUCAGCGGAAAAAAAAAACCCAACCCGUUUCGGUCACGUGAUUACGUCUAUGGUGAGCGGAAACCAGGCGUUAGGUGCUGCUUUAGUUUAAUGAGACUUUUUCUAACUGUACUUUUAUGCUUAGCAACAAAGGGACAAAAUGCUGAAAUUAGAGGAAAAGUUCGACCUGCAAAAAGAUGUGGUGUUUGAUAUCCUGAGGAAAGAAGCGUCGGUUUGCCGAGUGAAAGAAUACUCUGAAGCAGUGGACACUCGCAUCCUAAACAUUGAAAGCGAUGGGAGCAUCCUUUACUCUUGGAAGGGAUCAACCGGCACCACCAGGAUCGGGAAAUAUAACUCUAACAACAAACAGAACAAGCUCCUCUACACCUUCGACAAGCAGGUGUGUGUCAGCAGCUGCUCCCUGAACAAGGAAGAGACGCUUUUAGCUGUCAGUUUGACUCAAAACACCAGCGAAGAGGAACGUCUUAAGCCAAUAUCAAAGUGUCUGACACUCCUGAUAGAAAUCCAUCCCAUAAACAACACUAAAGUCCUCAAGGCGGUGGACUGCAGAGUCAAAGUGCAGUUUCUCCAUCAAGAAUGUGACAGGAAAUCAGUGCUGGAGAGCCAUCUACUUCUACUGACCGAAGAUGGAUAUGUGGAUCUAUACCAUGUACUGCUGUGCAAACAGGAAGGCUACAGAGUGGUGAUGGCAAAUCCAGACCGUUUGUCCAAGAUAGCUGAGAGAAUUGCGGACGAUUUCUCCUGGGUUCAGUGGGACGGACACACACAAAGACUCUACUACCUCACGCUCAAGGAGAAGUUCCUGCUGCGCUGCAUUCAGUUCUACCUGACUCACACCUGGGAGACUGUGCUGGAGCUUACCUUAGAGUUACCUGUCAAUUCUUUCCACACGGUCAAGUUUGUUAAUCUGGGUUUUGACCACUUUAAUGCUGAGAAGUCUGACAAGGAUCUCAUCAGGAUGCAGGUGUUCACAAACCAGAUCGGAAGCAUGUGUGUUUGCUAUAGCCAGCUGCUGAAGGACAAACAGGACCUGAUCUACAAGAUCGUUUUAAUUCACAAAGAUUGCAGCAAGAAGUUCAAAGUGUCUCUGAGCAGUGAUAAGUCAUCCCAGAAACACUCUCAGCUCCAUCCGCUCUUCAUCCCUAUAGGUUACUACAUCCUGGUGUAUCUGCAGGGUCAUUUUCUCCACUGCAUCAACACGAGACAGCCGGAGCUUCUCUGCCACUCUCUUUUCCUAGCCGGUGACGAGGUGAACUUGGGCCUGCAGUGCGAUCCGGUGACCGCCACCGUGCUGCACACGGAGGAUCGGUCCAGUGGUCAGCUGCUGGACCUGGCAGGAGGAACGAUCCACUCAGCCGAGCUCAGCCCCGUCUUCCUGCUACAGAUUCUGCGUUCAGACGCACGUCCUAGAUGUCCCAGCAGUAAGAGUGACCCCCAGCGCCUGGCUGCCCUCCACUGCCUCCUGGUUUACAUGGGAGAUGAUCCAAACCUGGAGCUGAAGAUAAUCGAGUGGCUGUGUGACAACAUGAACCCGUUUGAAUCCUUUGAUCAAGUCCAGGAGUUCAUUUUAGCCUCUUUGUACAGGAUAGUUUAUGAGAAGUGUCUCAGUUUGGAUAAAGUCCUGCCUUACUCCUCCAUAUUUGAAAAGAAGGAGGUCCCAGUGUGUUUGCUGGAGAUCCCUGGUGUGGUGUGUACCACUGAGCUGCAUAUUGAAACUGAUUUUAAGGGCAAGGCCAGAGGUGCCCAGAGGUUCUGGUCAGAGCUGCAGUGGAACGCAGAGAAGACAAAGUAUUUGGAUGCCGUUCCAAAUCCCAGAUACAGAACCACACACAUCCAGGCUGAGAGGGAAAAAGCUAGGUCAGAGAGAAGACUCUCCAGCCAAUUGAAUCACAUAGAGGAGAACACAAAGAAAGUUCUUUCUAUGGUAGACACCUGGUGUCUUGAUAAGAAGCUGGUGCCUCUUUUUCAGGAGGAAGAUCAUCAACAGAGGGCACUCAUAGGCCUGACGGUUGACAAGCUCCGAGAGCACCUCAACCGGCAUCUGCCUCGACUGGGGAAGAAGAAGACUGACUUACUGGUUGUCAAAUAUGUAGCCAAACUGCUGGAGCUCAUCAGGCACAUGCUGGAGUCGGUGUGGCUGAAGUCUAAACUUGGCCCUCGUGUUCUGUGCCUGAUGCAGCAGGGCAGCCCAGCUGAGUGGUCUGUGCUUCACUUCAUGCUUCGGAUUCUAGAGUCAACUCGGGGCCUUUCCCUUCCCCUCCCUCCUGGCUUUCACACUCUGCUUUCAGUGUUUGCCGUCCGCUGCCUCCCUCAUCACACAUUUUUACAGUACAUUGACCACGGCUUCCUGCAGCUCACUGAAACGUUUGUGUCUCGGCUCAUGACAGAUUUGGACAACAGUGAUGCCAACGAGAGUUUGAAGUUCAGCAUACUCAAGAGACUCCCUCGGCAUAUGGAGCAGAGGAUCUGUCACAUGUGGGAUCAUCCUGUCAGUUCGGCCUCAAUCUCCAGAGAUUAUGUCAAAACUCUGCUGGAGAAGCACAACAAAUCUAAGGGAUUUCAUUUCACCGGGAGAGACAAGCCUGGCUUCAGACCAGAGUUUCUGCCUCUUACCUACUUGGCAAAAAUGCUCUCUGAUAUUGAAGCAAAGGGUAGUGUGUGUGUGUGUGUGUGUGUGUGUGUGUGUGUCCAGUUCUGUUGGAGGAUUUAUUGUGGGGACAUAAAUGCAAAAGCCUCUAUCUCUGAGGAGCAGAGAGUUUUUAAGGUGGUGUUUUAUUUUCCGUCUUCCCUUCAUGCAGCUUCAAACCCGUUCGAGGAACAGGAGAACGUGGACGCCAGGUUCGUGGAGGAGACGGCUCUGAUGCAGACGCUGAUCCUGCUGGGCUCUGAGACUAAAUGAAGGAUGUGUCGAGGGCUGCGAUGGUUGACGAGGAAAACCUGUUUGUGGGAUGGGAAAAUGAAAUUUUUGCGGCAGAUUGCUCAUAAACUAUCUUUGCAGUUUACUAAAUGACCUGCAGAAUUCACUUAAUUUAAAAAAGAAAAGCAAACAUGCAGCCAUGCUAGAGGCAGAGCAGCACUUUAUUAUAAAAUAAAGGAGCACACGUGUGCUGUAAUCAAAGCUAAGGGUGGUCCAACAAAAUAUUAGUGUGUGACCUUUUUUUUUAUGGCUACUUGUGUUUUGGCCGGGCAGCAUGCUGCCAGUAACCAAACAAAAACUCAGGGACACAGUUUCAGCUGGAGAAAAAUGUAUUUACCACAGGCAGCUCUACAACGUCUCCCCACAAGCUACAACCCAAUUGCCUUCCUUCCAUAUGAUUAAUAAGCAUCGACAUCAAACAUUAACUGUAUUUAUAAAUCAAACGUGUGUUUUUUUAAAAUCCCCUCCUGCUGUGCUUCCUGUAACGCCGCUACAUCCCAUCAACUUGAUUACGUGCUGACAAAAGCGCUGCAGACAGCGAGGCUCGAUACGGUCUGCUGUGCAUUAAAUCAGAUUUUGACACUGAUUUGUACAGAAGCUUUGCAGCAGAAUGCAUAAAUGCACAGAGUGGUACUCUGACGUUUUACCAAGUACCUGGAUUUAACUUUGCUUCUGGGGGAGGAAAGUAAAUCACUGCUUUUGAUAAACAGAACAAGGUGGUUAAUAAUUAAAGUGUAGAGGAUGUGCUUUUAAUCGUUUUACAGUUGUUUCCUCUACAAGUUCUUACUAAAAAUAUUUUUAUAUUUCUUAUCCAUGACUGGACUGAUUUUCCAGUAUUUUUUUUUAAAGAAAAAAGGGAUUUCCUAAUCAAAGUUUACAGUAAAAACCUGAAUAAAUGCAAUGUAAAUAAAUAUAUUUUUACUGAAUUUCCUUCUCUUCAUUUCCAAGUUUUAAAGUUGUUUAGCCACCUGCAGUCUUUGUCAUUUUAAACUUAAGAAGCACUGUAAAAAAUCUUUUCUUCUUUUAGUCUUCAACAGUCAAAGGUUAGUCGUUCUCAAUCAAGAUUUACUGGUAACAAGCAGGAUUGGUGGCUCCAUGAUGCGUACACCACCGUGUUUGACUGUUGUUACAAUGACUGUUGCUUUUUGAGAUCGUUUAACCUCAGCGAUGGUGGCACAGGAGUUGGAAGUGUUUCUGAAGUGGGAAACUGGGUGGCACAGAGUGGCAGCUGCUACUGUAUAAAACUACAUGUACUGUAGAUUUUUAUAAAAUAGAAACCCUCUUAUUUUAAACUACAAAAUGUCGCCAACAAAAUUAAAGUUCUCUCAGUGAAGAGCUAAUAACUAAUGUAUGAAACCACAUACUGAAAUUAUUCAAAGAAAAAUAUCAAAAGAGGUACGUAAAAUAUUUUUUAUUGAUUUCAUCUUUUCUUUACUCCAGCACAGAGUAGCAUCAACAUUAGCAUGAAUGCUAAUAGGACACAUCACCGAUUUAUGCUAGGAGUAAUAACCUAAACCUUUAGAAUACCAAGUGAGAAGAAAAUAUAUUUAAAAACGUGCACAAAACUAAAUUAAAAUAACUUUUUGUUUCAAAAUCCAUUAAACUUAUUACAGUUUAAAGGCACACUGUUGGGGCAGCAAUAACCUUCGCCCCCUUGCAGGAGUUAUACCCCACAAAUUUGCCACCGAAAGUAAAAUCUGUAGAUCUGCCACUGCUUUGAAGCCUGGAGACAAACAGAAACAAAUUCCAGAGUUCAUGAAAGGCUCUGAGGAGGAGGAAGUGAGCUGUCAGAAUCCUAAAGCGUUUGGGACAAACCCAGCAGAAUUUCGCCAAACUCAGCUGAGUCAUAUUUAGUGACAAACACGCUCUGCUGCACGCUCAAAGCUUAGAGACACUGGAACCAUUUGUUAAUUUAAACUUCAUUUCUUAGGGGGAGGGGUGUAAAAUAAAUGUGAUCAUGAAGAAACAAAUUUACCCCCACACACACACACUCACACACAAACACACACACUGUUAUGCAGUCAGUGUUAUGUAUCAGCUUAACAGCAAGGGGUUGAGUUAAUCUGACAGCUUCCAGCAUGAUUGUGUCGUGGACGAACGCACACCACUGGGUUGACUCAGCAGCAGCAGCAGGUCUACCUGGUAGCACACCAGCUGUUCCAUAACCAAUUUAGGACUUUCGAAACUUUAUAUACUCUCUUUAUUUGAAGUUAUUUAUUACUUUUUAAGAAUGUUUUCUUUAUUUUCAGCUACAUUACUUUUGCAGUUGCUGACAGACUUCCGCAGCCUUUAGUAAAGAGCUUCAAAGAGAACCAGCUUUGAUUCCGGUCACAAGUAACCAACUCUAAACUCUCGACUCAAUUUACAACCCCUCUUUCAUCCUGCUCUGACUUUGACUCCCUUCUGCUGCUGCUUUCCUUUUCUGCUAUCCGCUUCAUUUAAAUUCCUCUUUCUCUUUGUCAUUCUCUAUGCUUCCCCUCCAGAUUUAUCAUUUCAGGCAUUAUGCAAGCACCCCCCCCCC